UUCAGCUGCCAGUGGAAAGAACGACAUGGCAACCACGAAAUUACAAAACAUGUCACAAAAAACAGCAGCUGAAGAUUGACCAAGAUCAAUCAGAGAUUGUUAUAUUUCACACUGUGUGCUGAAUAUCCAUGAUGUCUGAAAAUAUUUAAAAAUAUUAAUGUUUGGAGGAUUUUUUUUGAUUCCAGUGGAAUCUGUAGGUUUUUUUUGUUUGGUUUCUUUUUGUUUUUAAAUUGUAACCUGUUACAAUGCCUGUACAAGCUCCACAAUGGACGGAAUUCCUCUUGUGCCCGAUCUGCACGCAGACUUUCGAAGAAACUAUUCGCAAGCCCAUCAGCUUAGGAUGCGGCCACACUGUCUGCAAGAUGUGCCUGAACAAACUACACCGCAAGGCAUGCCCCUUCGACCAGACCACUAUCAGCACAGACAUCGAACAGCUACCUGUGAACACGGCCCUGCUGCAGCUCGUCGGCGGACAGGUUCCCAAACAGCAGCCCAUCGCUCUGCUUACAGGAGUGGAAGACACCAAACACUAUGACGAGGCGAGGAAAUGUGUGGAGGAGCUAGCGCUCUACCUCAAACACCUCAGCAGCACGAGAGGUGUUGGUUUGAACAGCACCACUCAGAGCGUUCUUAGUCGGCCCAUGCUGAGGAAGCUGGUCACGCUGAUUCACUGUCAGCUGGUGGAGGAAGAGGGGCGGAUCAGGGCCAUGCGAGCUGCCCGUUCCCUGGGUGAGAGGACAGUCACAGAGCUCAUCCUCCAGCACCAGAACCCACAGCAGCUCUCCUCCAACCUGUGGGCAGCUGUCCGAGCCAGGGGCUGCCAGUUCCUCGGGCCAGCAAUGCAGGAGGAGGCUCUUAAGCUGGUUCUGCUAGCCCUGGAAGAUGGCUCCCCCCUGUCCCGUAAGGUUCUGGUUCUCUUUGUGGUUCAAAGACUGGAGCCACGAUUCCCCCAGGCCUCCAAAACGAGCAUCGGUCACGUGGUGCAACUCCUCUAUAGAGCAUCCUGUUUUAAGGUGACGAAGCGAGAUGAGGAUUCCUCGCUGAUGCAGCUUAAGGAGGAGUUCCGCACGUACGAAGCUCUCCGGCGGGAACACGACUCUCAGAUCGUCCAGAUUGCCAUGGAGGGGGGGCUGCGCAUCGCACCUGACCAGUGGUCCUCACUGCUGUAUGGGGACCAGUCCCACAAAUCACACAUGCAGUCUAUCAUCGACAAGUUGCAGACGCCGGCCUCAUUUGCCCAGAGUGUUCAGGAACUGACCAUUGCACUCCAGCGGACGGGAGACCCUGCCAACCUGAACCGCCUGCGACCCCACCUUGAGCUGCUGGCUAACAUCGACCCUAGCCCAGAUGCACCUCCCCCUACAUGGGAGCAGCUGGAGAAGGGGCUGGUUGCUGUGAAGACCGUGGUCCACGGACUGGUGGAUUUCAUUCAGAACCACAGCAAGAAAGGCACUGACCAGCAGCAGCCUCCUCAGCACAGCAAGUACAAAACAUACAUGUGUCGGGAUAUGAAGCAGAAAGGGGGGUGCCCUCGGGGGGCCAGCUGUACCUUUGCACAUUCUCAGGAAGAACUAGAAAAGUACCGCAAGAUGAACAAGCGCCUGGCAGCCCGAAGACCCCUGAGCCAGUCCCUCACGCAGCUCAAUGAGGUGGGCUUGUCUGGUCUGCUGUCAGAUGAUGGGGGGCUGGAGGGUGCUGUGCUGAAACCCUCCUCCCUGACCAACGGGAUCGUAGCAGCCGGCUCGGGGGGCCACAUGCCGCAGCUCAUCUCCCGUGGGACAGACUGCUCGUACGACACAGGGCUCAAACCAGGGAAAAUGGAGCACCCAAGUAUCAGCGCCCCCGGAUCUCCCCCAGACUUGCUUGAUUCUGUCUCUAAGGGCUCUGUGCCAUCGAUGCCCAUCAAUGCUCACCCCAGAGUGCCCACAGAACACCCCUCAAUGUCCAAGCAGCUCCAGAUGGUGCCCAGGGGAUCCCAGAUGUACACACAGCAACCGAGUGAUAUGUACUACCAGGAUCCGAGGCCACCUGCUUCUGCAGCCCCGUAUGAGCACCCUCCGUACCCAGCAGGUGUACCCUACCCCUACCCGUCUUCACAGUAUGUCCAACCUCGCUACGCCAGGACGGCACCCAGCGAGCCGGGCAUGCAGUACCCAGAUCACUACCCCUACAUGCAAGACAGGCAGUACCCGGGCCCACCCGUGCAGUACCCCCCCAUGGCACAGCCGGUGUACCCUGCCCACUGCGACGUGCGCCGCCCCUACGGCCCCCCACAGUCCUUCCAGCGUGAGGAGAUGGUGAGAAUGAGCCCAGGGCCUGUGGAGGUUCCGCCACCAGCAAGUGGGUCACCAUACCUCUCCGAGAGCAGAGAGCGCUAUCCCCCUGAGGGCUACCCACCAGAGGGCUACCCUGCUGGCCCACACCCCAGCCAGAUGCGACCCUAUCACAGGGAAAGCUACAGCAGGAUGACUGCCCCACACCCCAGCCUGGACUACCUGCACCGCCGGCGUAAGGAGAUCAUGGCUCAGCUGGAGGAGAGGAAGGUGAUCUCCCCCCCUCCCUUCGCCCCGUCCCCAACUCUGCCCCGUCCAUUCCCACCGGAUUUCCCACAAGAGUAUUUCGAGGACAACCUAAAAGCUGUUGGGAAGUACAAAGAAAACGAAUACUCGCCUUGGUCAUGUGACACCAUUGGCUCCUACAUCGGCACCAAGGAUGUCAAACCCAAAGACGUCAUGGCGUCGGGAGCCAUGGAGAUGAUGAAUGUAGACCGCAAAGGUUUGAGGAAUCAGCCAAUCGACAUGCAGAGAAGGUCAGCUGAGGCCAAAGACGACGACCCUAUAAUUCCGUUUGGGUCCCUGCCCACAGUGUCCCGUUUCGGGGUGAUCUCCCGCACCUCCAAAACUGGGUACCAGACCACCGGCCCAGUGCAGGCCAUGGCUUCAUCCCAAGGAGCUGCACCCAAACAUAGCAGCGCUUCAGCUGAAUUCAGCCCUUGUACUACUCAUGGAGGCUGGGGAGCAGUCCCUUACACCCACCACCAAAACAUGACAACUCAGGGACGCUUCGGUGACAGGAUGCCAAUGCCCCCAGACAGGGAGCAGCUGAAAAUGGAGCUCCAGCAACUUAACCAGCAGAUCAACCAACAGACACACAUCCGUGGAAUGGAGGCUGCUAGUAACACAUUGCUGCUGCAAAGGGAGGUGAGUUCACUAGCCACCCAGCCUCCUCCCCAGAAGUGGGCAGCAGGGCCGAUUUCCAGCGAGCAGCUGAGCAUUGAACUGCAUCAGGUGGAGCGUGAGAUUGGCAAGCGAACCAGGGAAAUAGCCAUGGAAAGUCAAGCACCUCACGAUCAGUAUAAAAUGAAACAGACAGAAAAUGGACAACCUGAGCACAAGGUCCACAUGGAGGACCUCUCUCUUGCACUCAGUGAAGACACGAAUGGAUCCAGCUUGGUCCAAGACAGUAAUAUGAAUUCUCUGUCCAGUAAGACCUCCUCUCUGAGCCUGUCUACAGACUCCGCCAGCAGUUCUGAGCUGCAGGUGAAUGGUGUUGGCCACUCCUCCUCGUAAGAGAUCGGGCUGCUCGCUGACAAGGCACAGCACCACCACACAGUGAAGAUGUGGUAACAUGUUUCCUCCAAAUGGAGUCACAUUUUUUCACCACCACCCCUCUGGGAAAGAGGGAAGAUAUUGAGCAGCAUGUCUCAAAUCUUGUAUAAAUUUGUUGAAGGAGGACACACUCCACCUUAUUAUUUGCUGUAGAACUGAAGUAGAAAUGUCAGCAGAAGAAAUUGAAGCUCCUCCAUGCCCUCUGCUCGUUGAGGCUAUUUUAGCACAUUUAAGCUGCAUUAUAUAAAAACCACAUAGUUCAGUCUCCCAUUGUGGGUGGGGUGUUCUCGGCAAUACAGUAGAUAAACGCACGUCUUCAUUUUAUUUAGAAAUAAGCAGUAUCUGCAGUGAAUUUAAGAUUUCUUUUCUUUUUUUGUUCUGUGAAUGAACUUUAAUUUUUAAUAUAACUGAGCGCCUUGGGUCCCAGGGCAGAUAGAUAUUACACUGUUUUUGUUCAAUGCAUUUAAAAUUGAAAAUAGCUUAAGAAGCAGUUCUGUUGGUUACAUUAUUAUAUGUCUAGAUACCUGUACCCUCAGUAGAGUUUCACAAAACUAGAGUGGAUAUAGAAACCGGCUGCAAACUAUUCUCUUUAACUUAAAAUCGCAUUAAUUUGGUAGUAAUAGACCCUUAAAUUUAGUGUGUUUUUAAAAAUGAAAUAACGCUGGUCACCCGGGAUGGUAAUAUGCUUACAACUGAAUCUUUAACUUUUGGUUAAUUUAUUCACUUUUGAUUUGUCAAAACAAACAUGGAUAUGCUUCUAUGUUGAAGCCACUAAACAGCUGGUAAAUUAUAAAUAGCCUCACUUAAUAGGAAACAGUGUAUUAAAACUAAUAUGGUCAUUUAUCGUCAUUACUGCAGUGGUUGAGAUCCACACAGACACACAGACAAACGUCAGGGUUCUAAGUUGAAAUGUUUGUCUACUUGACUGACUUUGGAAUUUAUAUUGCUGCAACUGGACUUGAGGAAUUGUAGUUUUGAGAAUUGGGCCUUUUUUAAGAAAAGGCUGAACAUGCUCCACACACAAAAAUCAAAUACUGAGAAAAGCAACAGUAAAAAAAAAAAAAAAAAAAAAUCCUGUUUUGACCUGUUAUUGUAAAACCGCACUUGUUAAGGUAUAACUUUUAGACGGGAAACCUCUGGGUAUGUAAUAGGUAACCACUACACUUGGCUUGGUUUUGAAUUGAGUCUGGUUAUAACCAGGCUCCCAGUGUAAAUCAGCCACCUUUUGUCAACUGUUCUGUACACAGGGCACAACAUACACUGAAUCUCCUUAUGCUAAAGAAUAGUUCACAUGAGUUGCAGGUAAUGGAAAACAGUUAGGACUUGCAGGAUAUCCAGAUAUCUUAUGCCCUGUGUGACACAACUAAUUAUCUUCAGUAGUAAAGCUGGCAGGACUCCCACGCAAAGCCCCCUGUUAGAGACAUGACUAGCCACGGCAAAAUACUGUUUCACAUUGAAUUAGAUCUAUCGGGCGUGGCCGGUCUGCAAAUUUGCAAACACAUUUUGGCUUGGAAUUCAAGCUUUCUUUCUUUUCUUUUUUAAUUAUUAAAAAAGAGCAGCAAAAUUAAAAACUUUAGAAGUUAUAUAUUCUUGGAAAAAAAAAGCAGCUGUUGGUGGUGUGCUUAUCUUGUGAGGCAAACAAUAAGAAACCUAUUGUCAUCCGAGUCAGAAAUAGUCAGUUUACAUAUUUAUAUAUGUGGGUUGUGUGUGUUUGUGUUAACAGCAAGUGGAUCUCUAGACCUAUCAAAAAGUGUGCCUCACCUUGUGUAAUUAGUAAUUAGUUUUACUUGGAACAGUUCAUUUUAGUGUCAAAAUUAGUAGGUUUUGCCCUUUGUGGCUUGGUGAAACUGUGAUUUAAGAGUCCUACAUUAAUAAAGCUUUACCUGGGGCUUUGCUUCAGUUGUAUUGCCUAUGCAACAAAAAUGGUGAAUUUGUUUCUUAAACAGCAACAUGGUUACUUCUGCAACCUUAGUCCAUUAAACUGUUUACCAGUGAACAGCCUUUGGGACUGUUUAAAAUGACACAGCUUUCAUCACUCUUUGCAAAUACACAGAGUGUUCCCUGAAUCCAUCUUCUCCCAUUACCAAAUCAAACUAAAGCAAACAGAAUCAGAUUAACCCUGCUCCCUCCUGUAUACUAAAGAUUUUUACACAUUUUCAGAUUUAUAAUUCAACCAACCAGUCCAGGAUCUUUACAGUCAUUGUAUGCCUGUAUAAAUGUGGGUGUGUGCAAUGUACUCCCGAAAUUCCGUGUAUUCAGAAUAAUUCAAAAUAACUAUUCGGAGCAAAUGUUUUAAUGCCCCAUCUCAGUCGAGCUCAGUUCUAUUGAGUAAGGCUGGAGCUGGCAUUUUAUAUUGAUCUCUGGUAACCAAGUAGCAAGCAGUGACCUUGACCACUUUAUCAAAAACCAGUAGCCUUUAUCACUCACUUUUCAGUGCCAGUCUGGGAAGAUUGAUUCUGCACUGGUUGAAAUGGGAAGUAUUUAAAAAUCAAAAAAAAAAUAAAUAAAAAUACCAAUGUGCUGUUUUUUUUUUUAAAUAGUACAGAACAAAAGCUUUGUAGACCAAAGCAGGUUGCACCAUUGUUCUUGUCAGUGUAUAUUUGCUUCGUUUGACUUUAAACAGCCACCAACAGCUGCUCCUGCACUGAACUCUAAAUUGUAACGUCUUUUUUUUUCUUUGAUAACUUCUGUGAAGUUGCAUGUUUUUUUUUUUUUGUCUCUUUUUUUUUUUUUUUUUUUUUACAGACUAGGUUAUCACUAAGCCUGCGGGGGGGGGGGGCUUCUGGGAUUCAACCCUGCCAGCUAGCAAUUGAAUAAGCAAGGGGGAGCUGUAAACAGAACUACAUUUCCAUACACAAGUAGUUCUUCUCAAGGUUUCUAACAGUUGCUAAAGAUUUUGGCUUUGUGUCUAACAAGCAAAAAGGUUGAGUGAUGCCCCUGCUACCCCCACUACCUCUGCAUACAUUCAGAGCUCUUACAUUCACGGACCUGCAACAAUCCUGUGAUUGAAUAAACAAAAACACAGUGAUACCACUAUUUAAGUUCAUAGACGGGUAUUUUAUUUAAUUCUUAUUUGUAACCAACAAAGAAGUCAGAGAAUACAAGGCACUUUAACAUGUGAUACAAUUAUUAGAACCUUCAAAAAAGUGUCCAGUUUGUAGUUACAGCCAUAGGAUACAUACACUUAUAAACCCUGCAUUAGUACAGAGAUGGGAAGCUGGAACCUUUGAACUUGGUGGAACCAAUCCUUCAUAAUAUUAUGUCCAGUUUGGAUAGACUUGCUGUCCUUAAAGUUUCACAUAUCCAGACCACUAUUUCACAGCAAUGUGAUAUAAUCUACAUUUGAGGCAAUAUGUCAGAUCUCAUUUAUUCAGUGUUUGACAGAUUGUGAUGGUGUUGCCAUCAAGAUACUGUGUGGAUGACCAGACCCAUUCCACAAUGCUCAUAGCCAGAUGCUAUUGAAAGAAGCUCUCUAGUUGUGUGUCCAUAGAAACCUUCGCAGUGAGCACUUUGCUGCAUCUGCUUAUGUGCACAUUUUCUGGAGCAUGGCUAUUGGUUACAUUAAAUAUACAAAGACACAUAGCUAGGAAACCAUAAAGUUCAGGUUAAUCAGGUUAAUAUGCUUUUUUGAUUGAAUUGUUGUUCCGCUGUACAAUAUUUCAAACAUACAGAUUACCACUUUGAUAGCAGUACUGUACCAAUGUCGUAAAUAACAAGCCCCCUUCUGCUACACGUUUUGAAGCUAUAUUUUUCCUUAGACCGACCUUGGCAUACAAACUAUACGGCACAGCUUCCUAGUCUUUAGCAACUGUAAGGAACUGGCAUUCAGAUCUGUUGCAGAACUGUAAGACUGUACUACUCAUGACAUUUAAGACUUGUAAAGAUACAUUAACAAGUUCUGUGUUCCCAAAACUUCUUUUUUGUCAACAUUCAAACUUCACAAAAUAAAUCUGUAGGGGAGUUAUUACUGGAGUUAAAACAUUAAUUUGCAACUCAAAUAUGGGUUAUAAUCGAUGGUCCAUAUCAUUGGUUUAUCCUAUCACAAUAGUCUUUGGCCUACUGUUUUAAGAUGUCCCAUGACCUUUGGUGUCAAAUGUGCUCUUUGUUUGUGCUUAUGAGAAGUGAAGAUUGGUUUGUGUGCAUUACAUUUGUUCAUUGGUGCACUGUUUCACAUUGGGGGGGGGCGACUUUGGUUCCAGUGGCCGUUCCACUACAAGUCAAAUUAAAAAUGAAGACAGUUUAAUUACAACAUAGUUUGAACAAACUGGAAGGUUGUUACCCAUCCUUUUGAGUCCAACUAAGGUCAUUCAGCCAAACAAGCAGCUAGGCCAGUAGGCUAGACCAACAACAUAACUUCAGUGGAAACUCAGCAAAAAAGUUGUCAUUGAAGAUAGGAGGUCAAAGCACAUCCAUAAUUAAGCUUUAAGAGUGUACACACUCAAGUUUAAAAAUAAUGUACAUUAUUGGUACAGUUUCCAGUUCUGCUUCACUCUGAUGUGUCUGUCAUAUUCUAGACCCAUAUAUAUAUAUAUACUGGUCUCUCGAGACAAUGUGCGAUCCUAAGCACCGUUUUUGGUGGAACUUCCUUCAAGUAUAAUCUUUGUAUAAUAUUAUUAUUGCUUGGGACAGAGCUAUUGGCACUUAAGCAAUCGUAAAGAUUGGAUGUGAGAGAGCCCUGCAAAGACACCACUUACAAACCUUUCAGAUGAAGUGAGGCUGUGGAAUGAAUCCAGCCUCUUUGGUGACAGUACAUAGUAGGAAUGAUCACACCCAUAUUCUGAUCUCUUAAACACAAAUUCCCUGAUUCAGUCUUGAACUGAAUCUGGGUCCAACACAUGAACAGUGGUUGAUCCAAACUUUUGGCAAAUUAAUCUUAAUGUUAAACAUGGACAUUGCCACUUUCAAAAUUUAGCUAAAAACAGGGAUAUUCGACCAGACCAGAUCCCAGCCAGAAUACAACCUGGUCCAGUUGGCUUGUAUUGGGCAAUCUUUCUUGUUAAAUGUGCCUUUAGGCAGGUUCUUGACUAUUUAAGGUUUGAGUACAUAACACCUGUAAAUAAAUAUAAUGUGCAACUGUUAAUAUACUCGCUUUGAGUAAGCAUUUAUAUUAAAUGAUCUCUACAAAUCAGUAAUGCAAUGAUCUGUAACUGGUUGCCAAUGCAAAGCUGAAUGUCUCUUAUCCUUUCAUAAGUAAAGGAGUUCAAUGCCAGACUUGUAACGUUUGUUUACUUGGCCAUUUUGUGUCUGUACAAAAAAAAAAUCUCUAGCUUAAUGUAAGGUUGUACUGUAUUGAAUGUUCUGUGUAUUCAGGUAUUGACACAAACUCACCAUGGUUUAUUAAGCCGAUUUUAAACCACGCCAUGGUUGAUGAGGUCAUGGUUUUAACUCCUUCCUUGUAGUGCAGUCAGGGGGACUGAAGGUAGAGUGUGCUAAAUCUCUUAACUGGAUGUAGCAUCACUUUUUUUUUUUUUUUUUAAGUCCAUAAUACAGAAGCAUGGGUAAACACAAAAGUAAAAAGUAAUGAAAUGUGCAGUUUGUGCAUUAUUUAUUGAAAAAAGCUCACAAUCUUGGCAUUUGGUAAAACUUAGCUAACAAAAUAAUCCCAUCAAUCUUGUCUAUUUUACACUUAGAUUAGACACGCAGGCCAAAUGUGCAGUUUUUAAAGAAACAUGGCCUAUAGCAAACAUGUUGAUUUUAAAGCAUGGCUUCUGGUGAAAGCUUGCUUUGCCUACCAGGAAGUCUGGUACUGCUUGACCAGUGCACCCUAGUAGUGUGUUCUGAGUCAAAGCAUGUUCCUGGCUGCAAAGCAUGCCAGUUAGUUGAGGGAGUGGCUGGUUAACGAUGACAAACAAGCCAGCGAAGGGGAAGGGAUCAUUUCACCGGCCAGGUGAAGUAACCCAGGAUUCCUUUAACCUAGAGUUGUACCAGAUAUGUUUAAAAAUAAAAUGCCAGCUAUAAUGUGUUUCUUUCAAAACUGUACAUUUGAGAUCCAAAUAAUGAAUGGAUGUGCAUGGCAGAGAAAAUGUAUGGAAUUAUUUUGUUAUCUACAACUACUUUUAAUUGGCUGCUGCUUUGAAUUUACCUGGGAGUUCAAGAAGAGGUAUGCACUUGCAAGUGGACAGUGGGCCCUCCUUGCAUCCUUUUGUUUUAAUUUUAAGAUAAAGUAUGGCUUUCAUAUAAUGAGUAGUAUGCCAUCCCAUGUCACUACCCUUUUAAAGAGAAUAUUUCCAUUAUUUAAAAUAAGUUAUAAGUUGCUGUCUGUUCAAUUUCAGUUGUACAUCUCUGUUAUUGAUGAUAAAAGCAUUUGUCUUUACCUUGGGUCCCUGACUGCUGUGGUUUCAUAUGGAGUGGCUUUAAAAAAAGAUACACAUAAAUAGAUAUCAUCUUGGGAGACACUGGUCAGUGACGGAUACAAACAGCCUCAAACGUAUAUCAACAUCCCUGAAAUGUAAUGUUUGUGCCAGACUGCCUCUUUAAGAACCUGCUAGAUGUAUUGGUGUUUUCCACCACAACUUCAAUUAAAUACAUCUCUCUAAAUCGCAGCAAUGGUGAUGGCUCUUAAACAAACUUCCAAAGGCUUCUAAAGUCUUGAAGGGAGCUCCAUUUUCCCACUAAAUGUGCUAAAAGCUUUAGGCUUUUUUAACUUGGUUUUUUUUAGUAUCUUGAUUAAUCAAAUACAGAUUCUCAACAAACAAACAAAAAUAUAUUCUGAAAAAUCUGGUUAACUAAAAAUGUCACCAUUGAUUUGUUUUGUGGAAAUAAUUCCACUUGGUAAAUCAGUUAGGGCAGGCCCAGAGCUGAGCACUUGCCUCCCAAGAUGGCUUCCUUUGCUACUCUAUGUUCCUCUAGGAAUUGUUCUGCCUACACGCAAACUGCAUUCAUUGUAACAAGACUGGGCUGUUCUUUGCUGCAUUAGUUAUUUCCUAACAUUGGGAAUGUAAUUCUUUUUGAUGAUUACUCCCAAAUUAUCUUGUAAUAGAUUGCUUAAAUUAAGGUACAAGUUUAAAAAAAAAAUUAAAUUGUUCAUUUUUAUAUUAUACUCCAUUUAAGGAAUGUUUAGAACUAUCUCUUUCUCCAAAUAUGGAUGUAGCCGUUAUACGUUUUUCUUUGUAAAAUAAUUCACUGUGUGAAAAUUGGUUUGCAUUUUUGUAUAAUACAAUAAUCUGCUUUUUUUUUGGGGGGGGGGGGGCGGGGGUGUGGAGGGGUAACUAACUGGAAGUUUAAGAAAAAACCUGUGAAAAUAAAAUGUGUAACUGAUGUAACAGUGAUUCUUUACUGGCAGGGACUGUGAUUAAAUAACAUUGUAAAUCGA